AUCCUCCUGGUGCAGCGGCUCCCUGUGCAGAAGCAGCAGCAGAGUUCCAUCCCAGCGCGGAAGCAUCCUGAAGAAGAAUGGGGUCACCCCAAGAAUGCCUUCGCCCACAUGGCGAACCAAAUGAAAGGGACGUGUGACUUUUCGAGAGCACCCCUAAGUGUUUCCAUCAGUGAGAAUGAGAUAGUGGCCUUGCUGGGUGGGGCGGAGGUCCAGGGAGGUGUUACCCCUCUCGGUGAUGCCCCCCUCAGUGAUGACCGCCUCAAUGAUGACCGCCCCAUUGGCAGUCGCGAUGAAAAAGUGCAACACUGUGUGCAGUUCACGAAAGGAUUCGACGUGCUGACAUUCGUGUGCCCUAAGAGAAAUAACGAAGACUACAUGGGAGUGGAAAUCAGACCUCUGCACUGCUUCGAGACAGUCCGGAUGUCAAACGGGAAUAACAAAAAAUUAACGGAUGUGUUAAAAGGAGUCCAGCUGGAAAAUAGAGAUACGGAUUUGCUAAGCAUUAAAAGGGUUUUCAUCCCACCGACCAUUUACCGAAAUUUUAUUUUCGAGUGUACAUGUGAUAAUAGCUUGACUUUUUGGAAAAACAAAAUAGGUGUCAGGGGUAUCAUGCGUGUUCACCUUAGGAAGAACAUAAUUUUUGGCUGCGACUUUGACCACACAGUGGGUGAGGAAGAACCCCUAGGAGAUGUAGGGGUGGAGGUGCCUGCGGUAGAUGACGCUAGUGGAGGAGGGGUAGCUGGCGAUUGGGCCUUCUGGCGGAACAGUGGUCCUAGCGCAGAAGAGCUAGCGGAGAGAAACAAAACAGCCUUUUCGAAAUUCUACACUCCCGGAGAAGUAAAGGAUGCCAAGGAGGAGGGCAUCAUAUGCAACGUGAAAAUUACAAAGGCGGAAGUCUACUUGGGGUUGGUGUGUCCCCCCGGUUAUGAGAUGUAUCCAUCUAAUUGCUUCGAGAGAGUGUUGUACAAGGAUAGCAUAGUAAGGAUGACUGAGUUCGUAAAGCACCCUAUUUCGUUUCAUAUGGACAACAACAGGAGGAUGUCCUUUGCUACUUUCACUCUCAACAGAAAUGAGAACCCCCCUGGGUUCACCUGCCUGUGUGUUCGUGUGGAUGCCCCCGAGGCGCCUCCCCUGCAGGCAAACUUCGUGUACCACAACUACGAGUCCUUUGGCUUUCACAUCGGUUUGCUCUACGUGUUGGUUGUCCUCCUCCUGCUGGUGCUGUGCCUGUGA